GUUUCGGCAUCGGGGCUGGUGGUCUCUUAAGCAAAUUCGAUUUGGGAGCGAUUUGAGGGAUUGAGAGAAGGAAGGAAGGAGGAAGAAGAAGAUGGGGUACGUGUUGAGGGUGAGAAUGGCGUCUUUCUUCGCCGGAGCUGCGACUGCUUCUUUCAUCGGCCUCUCUGUUCUCUACAAGGAUUACAAAGUCGCUCACGAAUCCAUUUCUCAGCAGGCAAAGGCUUUUCAUGACUCUCUGGAUACAAGGAUCUCUGCUCUUGAAAGCUUGAGACAGAGUGAAGCUCCUCAGCUUCCUGAGACGACAACUACUGAUUAAUACCUGUCUCCUGCAUUGGUACUCUCUGCUUGCUGAUGACGUUGUUGUUGGGUUGAGAUGAGAUGCCUUUUUUGCGUUUAUGAAUAACUUGGGACUUGGGAGGUGUUCUUGUAUGACUACUGUUUUUAAAAAAAAAAAAACAAUGAAGUUAAGGUAGUCUUACAAGGAUUGAAACUUGCUGUGACACUUUGCCAUGAAAAUUUAUGUUUCGAUCUGUUGUUUUGGAUGUUAAGUCAGCAGAAUAGAAUCCUGCUCUUCAGGCAGAUCAAGUUUAUUUA